AUGUGUUAUACCGUUCGAGGCUUGGAACUUUGCAGGGUAACCAUUUGGGGAUUUGACGGGGCGACAGUGUAUGAUUAUUUUGUGCAACCGGAGGAAGAAGUUGUCGACUAUAAUACCAGAUUUUCUGGAGUAACGGAAAGUUACGUGUACGGGCAAAAUUCGAAAACUUUCAAAGAGGUGCAAAGUGAUCUAUUGAAUUUUAUUAACGAGGACACCAUACUGAUCGGACACGCGUUGGACAGUGAUUUGCGAGUGCUGAAACUGGUCAAUUCUAAAAUUGUGGACACGUCUCUGAUUUUCCCGCACGAACGCGGUUUUCCUUUCAGGAACUCCCUGAAGAAUUUGAUGUCAGUUCAUCUCAACAAACAAAUUCAAACAUCCAAUUAUGGAAAUAGUCCAUAUGAGGAUGCUCUGAGUUGUUUGGAACUGAUAAUGGUGAAAAUACAACUGUACUACGCUCAGAGACGUCUCACAAUUUAA